AUGGCCGGGCGCCGCAUCGCCGACUUGGUCACGACAAAGGUCCUCGGGAUCGACGUCAACGAGCGCUACUCCAACCUGCCUCCAAAUCUCGAGAGUCGGGCUCGAGACGUGCUCGGAUCUGCCCAUGCCUACCUCGAAGAGGAGCCCUCCGUCGCCGAGUUUUUCGACGACCUGGCGCCCGACUGGGCCGGAGUCGUCGAAUACGUUCAGGACCUGUUUCCUUCGGCAUCGUGGAUCAGGCGGUACAACAUGCGCUGGCUGGCAGGAGACAUGAUUUCUGGCGUUACUAUUGGUCUCGUUGUUAUCCCUCAGGCGCUGGCGUACGCCUCCCUCGCCCAUCUUCCACCUGCCUAUGGCUUGUAUACGUCUUUUACAGGUGCAGCCUUGUACUGGAUGUUUGGGACGUCCAAGGACAUUGCCAUUGGGACGACGGCCGUGGGCUCGCUCCUGGUCGGCCAAGUCGUCACACGAGUCGACGACGCCGCGCCGGGGCGAUAUAGCGCUGAUGAGACGGCUCGUGCCCUGAGCUUACUAUCAGGAGCCGUCUUGCUCUUUGUUGGGCUCUUCAGGCUUGGGUGGAUCAUCGAAUUCAUCCCCUACAUUCCCAUAUCUGCCUUCGUCACCUCUGCCAGUAUCACCAUCAUGUCCACGCAGGUCCCUACCGCCCUGGGUAUCCCAGACAUUAACACGCGGGAACCGCCGUACCGCGUCAUCAUCAACACCCUCCGAAGCCUGCCCAACGUCCAUCUGGACGCCGCCAUUGGCUUGUCUGCCAUUGUUCUGCUCUUCGCCAUCGGGAACUUUUGCUCCAUGAUGGAAGCCCGCCAACCUGCCCAGAAGCGCCUCUGGAAUUUCAUAUCUUCCCUCCGCUUGACCUUUACAAUGCUGCUUUUCACCCUCAUCAGCUUUCUUGUCCAUCGCACCAUGCCCCCAGCGGAAACCAAGUUUCGUAUUGUCGGGCACAUUGAACAAGGUUUCAGGGAAGCCAGGGUACCGCAACCCGAUGUCGGUUUGAUCAAGGCCAUUCUACCGGAGCUGCCUGCCGUUGCCAUCAUCCUGGUGAUUGGGCACAUUGCCAUUGCGAAGGCUAUGGGCAGGCUGUACAGCUACACCAUCAACCCGUCGCAGGAGGUGGUGGCUCUGGGUGCGGCCAAUUUGCUGAGCCCCUUUGUGGGAGGCUACGUCUGCACAGGCUCCUUUGGCGCCUCGGCCGUGCUCUCCAAGGCAGGCGCCAGGAGUCCCCUGGCCGGGCUCUUCGGCGCCGGCGUCCUCGUCCUCACCCUCUAUACCUUGACGGCGGUCUUCUACUAUAUCCCCAAGGCCGCCCUGGCGGGCUUGAUCAUCCACGCAGUAUGCAACCUGUUGACCCCGCCGAGGAAGCUCUACAAGUACUGGCAGUUGUCACCACUCGAACUCUUGGUUUGGGUAGUCAGCGUCAUGUUCGCCAUCUUCAUCUCUCUGGAGGCAUCCAUCUACUCUGGUGUACUCUUGUCCUUUGUUUUCCUUUUGACCCGCAUUGCCAGGACGCGGGGCACCUUUCUCGGACGCGUGCGGGUGCAGCGCGUCGCUGGCGGAAAGUGCUUGAGGCCUGAUGAAGACGGCCUAUGCGCGUCUCGCAAGGUGUUUUUGCCCCUGGACGGCGUCUUCGUGUACCGCCUGAACGAGGGCUACAACUAUACCAACCAAGCCUACCACAUGGAUACGUUGAAUAAGCACGUCAUGGAGCACACAAAGCGCAUGUCGGCGGAGCAUUUCGAAAAAGAAUCGGAUCGUCUAUGGAACGAUCCGGGGCCGAGGGUGUACAGGGAAGACACGGAGGCGCUUCCCUACCUCCGUGCCGUGGUCCUCGACUUUGCCGCCGUCAACCACGUGGACGUCACCUCGGUUCAGGGCUUGAUUGACUUGAGGAACUUGUUGGACAGCUAUUCGUCGCCUGAUGCUGUCGAGUGGCAUUUUGCCAACGUCCACAACCGCUGGACGCGCCGAGCGCUCGCAGCCGCUGGGUUUGGAUAUCCAACGUCGCAAAAUCCAAUGGAAAUGAGCAACUGGAAGCCUCUAUACAGCAUCGCGGCGACUCUCACGGGAAUGAAAAGCGCAGGCGUGGCCAAUGGCCAACAUAGAGCCGACACAGACGUGGAUGAAGAGAAGACUACGGGGUCGAGGACUCCAGGGUCAAGGACGGCGUCCGCAGACUCGACGUACUCGGCCAAGAGAACGGCUUCGGGUAGCAGUUCAAGUAGCACCCAAGACCGGGGCAUGGCCAGUGUCUCGGGCGUCAACCGGCCGUUUUUCCACGUCGACUUACAGGAUGCGGUGGACUCGGCGGUGCUGGAUGCGCGAAGCAAGGAUGAGAACCUACUAUGA